AUGGCGACAGAACUCAAAAUUGAAACAGAAACGGCAUAUGAUGACCCAGAAAAAGGAACCACCGAUGCUGUCGUUCCAGCGUAUCCCCGCGACGAGAAGCCGCGCGAGAUAACCCCUCCGCAGUACCUUGAAGUCAAGAAAGGUGAGGCCAAAGAUGCCCCAAGAAAACCGACACCGAAACCGAAGAAGAAAGUUUCGAAGUGGAUUCUUCUCAAACUCUGGUUCAAUACCUAUCGGAAAUUCUUUUGCUUUACAUUCGGACUUAACAUGAUCGGUCUCGGUUUAGCAGCUUCGGGUCAUUUCCCCUACGCUGUCAGGCAGUCGGGCGCCAUGGUUGUUGGCAACUUGAACUUUGCGAUAUUGAUGAGGAACGAGAUAUUUGGUCGAAUACUGUACUGGAUUGUGAACACCGCUUUUGCUAAGUGGACUCCUCUAUGGUGGAGGCUAGGAUGUACAUCUGUUCUUCAGCACCUUGGUGGUAUACACUCUGGAUGUGCUCUUUCGGGAGUUUUAUGGCUGCUUCUGAAAGUCGUCAACGCUUUCCGCGCCCAUCAACUGCAGCAUGACGCAGUCCUUGUUAUGGGGGUAGUCACUAACUUUGCAGUCAUGAUCAGCGCUCUGAGUGCAUUCCCUUGGGUUCGAAAUACUCAUCAUAAUGUCUUUGAGCGUCAUCACCGCUUUGUGGGCUGGAUUGGUCUCCUCUCUACUUGGGCAUUCGUUAUCCUGGGUGAUUGCUACAAUGGCGUAACCAGAACCUGGGAUUUGAGUGGGGUGGAUCUUAUUCAUCACCAGGACGUCUGGUUUACAAUCGGAAUGACGGUGUUCAUCGCUUUGCCUUGGAUCUGCGUGCGUGAAGUCCCGGUUGAUAUCGAAUUGCCUUCGCCCAAGGUCGCUAUAAUUCGGUUUGAAAGGGGAAUGCAGCAAGGCCUUCUUGGUCGCAUCAGCCGCUCCUCUAUCAUGGAGUAUCAUGCUUUCGGUAUCAUCUCGGAAGGCAAACAUGCUAAAUAUCACUACAUGAUUGCUGGUGUACAAGGGGACUUCACGAAAAGCCUCGUCAACGAUCCUCCCAGAACCCUAUGGACCCGCGAAGUGAAGUUUGCCGGGGUGUCAAACACCUCCACGCUCUACAAGCGUGGCAUUCGUAUUUGCACGGGAACUGGUAUCGGAGCCGCGCUGUCCACCUGUUUGCAGUCUCCAAACUGGUUUCUGAUCUGGAUCGGUUCUGAUCAGGAAAAAACGUUUGGGCCUACCAUCGCGGGUCUUAUUCAUCGACACAUCGAACCGGAACGUUUAAUCUUAUGGGACAGUAAACAGCGGGGUGGUCGACCUGACACCAUGAAGAUUCUUAAGGAAGCGUACCACUCCUGGGGAGCUGAAGUUGUCUUCAUUACUUCUAAUUACAUUGGUAACUCAGAAAUAAUGGAGGGGUGUAAGGACGCAGGUAUUCCCGUAUUCGGCACGCUAUGGGACUUCGUGAGUGUUAUUUUGUAA